AUGGCGCUCAACUACAACGACUCACCACAAACAAUUCAGCACAUGAUACGCAUGUGCAACACGAACAUCGACGGCCGCAGGCAGAUUUUGAAGGCCCUCACCACCAUAAAAGGCAUAGGCAUGCGCUUCGCACGCACGCUCCUAACACGCACUCAGAUACGCAACUGCCGUGCUGGUGAGCUCACUGCCGAGGAGCAGCAGCGCCUGGUCGACGCAAUACAGGAUCCUAAGUCGGUGGGCAUACCUAUCUGGAUGUACAACUACAGGAAGGAGUACACCACAGGUGAGGACAAGCACCUGGUGGGCAACCAGAUUGAUGCUGCGUUUAGGUUCAGCCUGGAAAGGGGGAAGAAGAUAAAGGCGGUGAGGGAGUGCAGGCUUGCAAGGGGAAUGAAAGUGAGGGGACAGAGGACCAAAAGCAACGGCAGACACGGCCGUAUUGUUGGUGUGAGCAGGAAAAAAUAA